AUGGAUGAGGCAAACGGGACAUCAUUUGUUGCUGAGGAGUCCUCCAACGCCUCAACCAGCGGGAACACCUCCGUCAGGGACCUGCGCCGGGAAAUUCCCAUUGUGCACUGGGUGAUCAUGAGCAUCUCCCCGCUGGGCUUUGUUGAGAAUGGAAUCCUCCUCUGGUUCCUCUGCUUCCAGAUGAGAAGAAAUCCCUUCACCGUCUACAUCACCCACUUGUCCAUCGCGGACAUCUCGUUGCUCUUUUGCAUCUUUAUUCUGUCUGUCGACUACGCUUUAGAUUACGAGCUGUCUUCUGGCUAUUACUACACAAUUGUCACGUUGUCGGUGACGUUUCUCUUUGGCUACAACACGGGCCUGUACCUGCUGACAGCCAUCAGUGUGGAGAGGUGCCUGUCUGUCCUAUAUCCCAUCUGGUACCGGUGCCACCGCCCCAAGCACCAGUCAGCGUUCGUCUGCGCCCUCCUGUGGGCACUCUCCUGCUUGGUGACCACCAUGGAAUAUGUCAUGUGCAUUGACAAUGAGGGACAGACCCACUCCCGGAGUGACUGCAGGGCCGUGAUCAUCUUCAUAGCCGUUCUGAGCUUCCUGGUCUUUACUCCCCUCAUGGUGGUGUCCAGCACCAUCUUGGUGGUGAAGAUCCGGAAGAACUCGUGGGCGUCCCACUCCUCAAAGCUGUACCUGGUCAUCACGGUCACCGUCAUCAUCUUCUUCAUCUUCGCCAUGCCCAUGAGGCUCCUGUACCUGCUCUAUUACGAGUACUGGUCGACGUUCAGGAACUUGCACCAUGUUUCUCUUCUCUUCUCUACCAUCAAUAGCAGCGCCAACCCUUUUAUUUACUUCUUCGUGGGCAGCAGCAGGAAGAAGCGGUUCAAGGAGUCCUUGAAAGUGGUUCUGACCAGGGCUUUCAAAGAUGAGAUGCAACCCAGGCAUCCUGAAGACCACACGGCCACCGCGGCAACUGAGACUGUUGUCUGA